GUGCCCCUCGGCCCUCCCCCAGUGCCAGCUAUGCCCAUUGGCAGUUCUCUCUGCCCCCAGCCUGCCCCCGAUAGCCAUGCUGUCUGUCUCUGCCCUGGUGCCAGCCAUUCCCAUCAGCCCUUCCCCCUCUGGACCCAGUCCCUCUAUGACAGCCGUGCCCACUGGCCCUUUCCCUCCAUGCGGACAGCCCCACGUUGUCAGCUCAGCUGUACCUGCUGCCUUCGUCCACCUGCGCCCACCGUGCCAGGCUGGCUGUGGUAGUUGGCUCCCCAUUUCCUAGAGGACCCUUGUUGCCAGCACCCAGCAUGCUGCCUCUCUUCAAAGACAAACCCCAAAGCUCUCCUCGCUGCUGUCAUGUCACAAUUCAAAUAUGCCAAUGGGAAAUACGAGAGCUUUUUGGAAAGGACCUUCCCCCGCUUCUACUUAUUGUAUUCAACUUUUAUGAAAGGAUUUCGGACACUGUUUUCAGAAGCAAAAGAAAUAAGAAGAAUAAAGUUAAACAUGUCUCUUCAAAAGAUCGAUUUUCAUCAGCUUCCCUACAGAGAGAUGGAAAGACUAAGACAGUUUCGCAGGGAUCUGAUCAAGGCCAUUCCUAUUGGGCUUCUCUCCAUUCCACCUUUCGCCAACUACUUGGUCUUUGUGCUGAUGUACUUGUUCCCAAGGCAACUGUUGAUACGCCAUUUCUGGACGCCGAAGCAGCAGUCUGAGUUCCUGAACAUUUAUCACGGUAUGCGGAGAGAGGUGUACCCAGACAUAAUGGACAGCUUGGAGCAGGUGACUCGCUUUCUAGCCGACCAGAAGCUCCGAAACCAGAUGCAAGAGCUCUGCAUCAAGGUGCAGGGCGGCUCCCAUCCCGAGGUGGCGAAACUCCUGGCUGUGAGAAGCUUGUUUUCGGGACAUCCCCUGAGCCUGCAACGGCUGCGCAUUUGCCAAGUGAAAGCCUUGAGCCGCGUCCUGUUCCUGACGCCCCACCUGCCGAGCCUCUUCCUGAGAUACCGGCUGCAGAGCCAUCUGGUGGAGCUGCAGCACCUGGACCGAGCCUUGCUGAAGCUGGGAGUGAGCGACCUGUCUGAGGAGGAGGUGAAAAUGGCUUGUUACGUCCGUGGCCUGAACUCCACCCACCUCAGCCCCUCGGAGUGCCAGAAGUGGCUGAAGCAAUGGCUGCAGCUGUCCUGUGAGCUGAAAGAUUCAGAGGUCUCGCUCUUGGCGCACAGCAUGGUCUUGCUGUCCACCAACUACCUGGGGGCUAAGGAGUGACGGCCGCGUGGCAGGCAAGCACCCGCUUCAACUGUCAACCUGUUUGUAGCGCUGCUGGUGGCAGCAGGGUUGUUUUGUUUGCUGUGCAGGAGGGGGCUGGAAUGUAGCAAGGAACUCCUCCUCUGCUGCCCCAGCGCUAUCCAGGGCAGCGGCCGAGAGUAAAACCCUUCCUCAGCCCUGCAAGCAUCGUUACUUGAGCCACCCGCUUCCCAAGAGCAACAACCUGCUUUGGCUCCUCGACACGAUUUCGAUUCCAU